UUAAAUUAAAAAAUUAAUUUGAAACAUUUUUUAUGAUAGGAACUGGAGAAUCUGGUAAAAGUACAUUUAUUAAACAGAUGAGGAUUAUCCAUGGAUCUGGAUAUACUGAUGAAGAUAAAAAGGGAUUUAUUAAGCUUGUGUAUCAAAAUAUAUUCAUGGCAAUGCAGAGUAUGAUUAAAGCUAUGGAUAUGUUAAAAAUCCCAUAUAAAGAUCCUAGGAAUCAUGUAACCCGAUUGAUUUACAGCAUUCGCUACUUGAGUGAUAUUGAUAGAAUAGCAGCUCAAGAUUACCUUCCCACUCAACAAGAUAUUCUCAGAGUAAGAGUGCCCACAACUGGUAUUAUUGAAUAUCCAUUUGAUCUUGAUUCAAUUAUUUUCAGGUAAAAUUAUAAAAUAUUUCUUUUCAUAGUUUAAAAAAUUUAUCUGAGAUCCACUACUUCACAAACCAAAGAACCAGCAAUAGAAAAGAACUACUCACUUUGAUAAGUGAACAUUUUUAUUCAUUUUUAAAACAGACAAAAAUGUUGUGAAGUAGUGGAUCUCGGAUUAAUAUUAACCAGUAUUGGGGUGUUAUUUUUAUUAAAAAAUUUAACUUUUUUGGUCCUUUUUGAUUCUUUUGAAAUCAUCAAACAGAAUCAGAGCAUCACACUAAAGCUCACACUUAAAAGAAGUGCUAAUGUGUUGAUCAAAGUUACUUGCUUAUUACGUAAAUACUCAUUUAAUGCUUUAAACUAUUUUUAUUACUGGUUUUUACUUUUUUAUUUCUGAUUUGUAAAUUUUUAAAUGUUUUUACAAAUUAUGUGUAAUAAUGCAUGAAAUUAAUUUAUAUUUUGAUUCUUUCAGUAAUAUGAUUACAAAAAGAAUCAAAAUAUACUUGAUUGCUGUUCUCUCAAUUGAUUGUAUGUUCCUUGGAACCUAGCAUAAAAUUGCUAUUGAGAACAUAUCAUACAGGAACACACUUCUUGAUGGAAAAAGGGAAUUUUUAUUUUUUAUAAUUUACAAAGGAUAUGCAUU